AUGGUGCAGCUGAAGAAUGCAAUCCCACACUUCCUGAGCAGCUUUUCCCUCAGUUUGUGGAUGCGAAGCAACUUCAGUGCCUUCAACAAGAUGUGUCUGCUCAGCUAUGCAGUGAGGCAAAGGCCAGCUGAGCUCGCGCUCUUCCUCCUGUCUCCAGCAGGCCUAGAAGUUUGGCUGAAAGGGGCUGUGAUGCUCAGGGGCACUACCGGGUUUGUGCUGGAUGGGGCAUGGCACCACAUUGCCAUUUCUGUCUCCAAUAGCCCUUCCACCAGCCCCUACAUGGUCUUCAUUGAUGGAGAGCCCUGGGACCCUGACUUGGCAGACAGUGCCUGGUUCCUGAAGAAGGGCAUCUCUGUGGGAGGGGCAUUGAAUCUUGGAUGGCUGGAAAGCAUGGGAGAAGGGGACCUCACACGGAGCAACCCGUACGAAGGAGAUCUGAGUGAGGUGAACCUGUGGGACAGAGCCCUCUCCACGCUCUCUGUAAAGCAGUUGGCAGCUUUGAAGGACAAGUGGAAGUUUCCUGGGAAUGUGGUGAGCUGGAGUCAGUUGGCUGGUGAGGCCUCUGGAGCCCUGGAGCUCAUCCCAGCAGCCCACACCUCAGGAAGCCUCUCGAUCCUCUGUGCAAACCUUGCACGUGACCUGCUAUACAUAGCACCUGCCCUGGAGCACUGCCCCACACAUGCCCUCUGGGGCCUUCAGCUGAAUGGCCGACUCCGCAGUAUUGCAGCUCCCUCCUCAUGUUUGCUGGUGGGGCUGGAUGGGGUGUCUGUCGGGUGCAACUCAGACUGCUCCUUUCACAAGAGGAGCUCCUUCCGCCUGCUGCCAGACCAGCGCAUCCAGAACCUAUACUCUGGCUUCUGCUUCUUCCAGAGCACCAGGAUCAUGGGGCUCUCCCUGCGGAAGUGCUCUGCCCAUGCCCUGCACUUUGCCCUGGAUGAAGACGUGCAUUGUCCCAGAGCACAGGACUGGAAAGCCUGGAAAAAUAAGUGCUUUCUUGUGGUGUCAGGCACUGCCCUGGAAUGGCAUCAGGCUCUGAAUUACUGCCAGAGGUUCCCAAGUGGGAGCCUCCUCACUCUUGAUGGCCUGGAAGAUUUGAGCUGGUGGCAGGAGCAGCUGACUUGGAGCAUCUGGACUGGUUUGCGUGGGGGCUCUCUGCAUCAGUGGGCUGAUGGAACGCCUGCUAGUAAGGCUUUGCAGAGCUUGAUCCGGUCCUCCAAAGCUGCUAAUGAAGCAGACUGUGUCCUCCUGCUGCCAUCUGGCUUUCUGAGGAGCGAACCAUGCCAGAGACGACAUCACUGGGUGUGCCAGACCCUACAGAAGAACAGGCUGUAUGUGGCAUUCCCUGGGAAAUCCUGGCAUGGAAGCUUGUCCACGGACACGAGCUUCACCUCUCUUCAGACAGCUAAGGAGCAGUGCACUGCCCUGGGCAGGGGCUGCAAUGCUGUGGUCAGCAUGGCAGGGACUCACUACCUCUCCCUUGGCACGCGGUUUGCCAGCCUGGAGGAUCUGACCAUGGACCCAACAGCUGCUGUGCACAUCAAAGCAGUGUACAUGUCUCUGAAAUGCCCUUCUUUUACUGGCUGGGUGUACAAGGAUGGAGCCUGUGUGUCUCUGGAUCACAAGGGCAGUCAGUAUGAAAUAGAGCCCAUCUGCAGGAGGUAUCUGGCCGCGGAAGUUCUGGAGAUCAAGCAGUCCCCAGAUGUGGUGAGGAGACCCAAGCUAAAUCCUUGA